CAGUUCUUUAUAUUUCUAAAUACAAAUACGAUUGACCUCAUGAUACGCAGAAACGCUUGUAAACAUAUUAUUAGUGUUUUUCAAACACUGGCAGGAUCAACAUAUAUACACAAGCCACAUUUCACUAAGAUACAUACAGUGUGAAGCAAGAAUAUUACAAGUUUUAUUUAUAUAAAUUAAAAUUACAAAAUAUCAUUUUCUGUACGUCAGUUAUACCGUUCUAAGCGUGAUGUCGAAUCCUGGACCAUCCAGAAUACGAAACACUCGUACAAACAAAGCACUUGUAAAUUAUAAUAAUUUUUUCAAUCCGUAUCUCUGUCAUGUUUGCAAAACUUCAACGAACCUGCAAAUAUGUCAUUCGUGCCGUUUGAUAUCUUACUGCUCCAAGGAGCACUUGCAGUUGCAUCGAGAGCAACACAAAGAGUUUUGUCUGGCUGUAUUAAGCCUGAGUAACGAAAUAUACUACUCCCAUAAUAUGACGCUUAAGGAAUGGACUGCAUUAAAGAAGGCUAAUGUGAAAAGAGUUAAGCAUAAAUUGGGUCGCAAUCUAGAACCAUAUGAAGAGCAAAUAUUGCUAUUUGCAAAAUCGUGUCUUAUAUGCCGCCGCCAGAAUAACCUGAGUGUCGUUUGCAAGUCAUGCACAUCAGUCAGCAUGUGUUAUAGGCACAUAUCGACUCCUUAUGUGCAUACCUGCUACUACCUAAAGCUUUGUAUAACAUUGGAUAUUCUCAGUGCCGUAAGAAGUGAACGGAAUACACAAAUCCCGUUAGAGGUUCUAAAUUUUACUUAUUUGACGGACAUGUCAACAUAUUUUACACAUUUAGGACGUAGUUGUGAUUUCGAUACUUGGAGCUAUGUUAAUUUUUUACAUACUAAUUAUUUGUCAAGACCAUUGACGUUGAUCUAUUACUUACCAAGUGCAAAUAUAGAACUGAUGUUUUCUACAAUCUUCAUAAUUCACGUUAUAGCUGGAAGCUUCACGGAUCGAAAUAGUCAAUCGGCUUGGGAAGCCUUUUUACAUCAAUUGCUUCCUGAUACGUCAUUAAUGAUUAUAAUGAUAGGGCCAAAAUUAGAAAAAAGUGUUUAUAAAAUACACCUUUGUCAAACUUGCCACCGUCAAAAUAAGGAAGUUCGUUUUAUUUAUUAUCCUAUGACAUAUAGACAUUAUAAACGCUCUCGUAUAUAUCUAGCACCACAUAUAAUUAUGGGAUUUAAUAUAGAUUUUGAGGAUGAUAGUACGGCUAUUCUAGAAGCAUUGUGUGAGAAUAAACCGUUAUUUUUGACCUGCACAUCGAAAAAUAAGACGCAACAAUUCGUUACGGAAAUAGAGAAAACAUUGUGCAUAAAGCCUGCCUUUAAUAAGAAGAAUAAAUUUGCAUCUUGUAGACCAUAUAGAGAUGUUGAAAGUGAUUCUAUAAUCUUUCUUCAUCAGUAUUUAAUUAUCUAUUAUGAAACAGCUUGUCAAAAGAGUAACUUAAAUAUUUCUUAUAAUUACAACCAACCCAGCACCAGCCGCGGUUUAUCUCAAGAAUAAUCGUCACACUGAUCGUAUCAUUAUAAAGAAUAUACAAGGGAGCUCCACAUCGAAUAUGCUGCAUUGAAAGAAACGCACGAACAAAUCUGUUAAUAUAUAAUGCAGCUGAGUGAAUACUGAAUAUGUAAGGUUCUCGUGAUAUAAUACGAAAUGGACUAACUUUAAACGAGAGAAAGUUAUACAAGUUAUUUACGAGCUAUAUGUUUCACGACCUGAAAGUGUACGAAAUCAAAUGUUCUCAUUUGUGAAAUCAUGUAUUAUUUGUCGUUGACAGGAUCAUCUGGCAGCAUGAUUCCGACAUCGGAAAUCUCUUUAUUGCUACUAAUACAAUAAGGAUGAUUUAGUUAUAUAAUAGAUUAAAUAGACGUAGAGUUACAAUGUUAUAUGUGCAUUUGUUAUAUAUAUGUAUGUGUAUAUAUAUAUAUAUAUAUAUAUAUAUAUAUAUAUAUAUAUAUAUAUAUAUAAUAUAUAUAUAUAUAUAUAUAUAUGUAUAUGUAUAUAUGUAUAUGUAUAUAUAUGAAUAUUUUUCGUCAUAAAUAGUUGUAAAACUUCCCGAUGCAUGUUACAACAUUUGUUUCACGAACUGAAAGUGUACGAAAUCAAAUGUCCUCUUUUGUCAAAUUAUGUAUUAUUUGUCGUUGACAGGGUCAUCUGGCUGCAUGAUUCCGACAUCGGAAAUCUCUUUAUUAUUACUAAUUCAAUAAGGAUAAUUUAGUUAUAUAAUAGAUUAAAUAGACGUAGAGUUACAAUGUUAUAUGUGCAUUUGUUAUAUAUAUGUAUGUGUAUAUAUAUAUAUAUAUAUAUAUAUAUAUAUAUAUAUAUAUAUAUAUAUAUAUGUAUAUGUAUAUAUGUAUAUGUAUAUAUAUGUAUAUUUUUCGUCAUAAAUAGUUAUAUCAUAUAUAGUUGUAAAACUUCCCGAUACAUACUACAUUUGUAUUUUAUUGAAUUUUGUUGCCUCUCGACCAUCGCAAAGUCGACAUCUGUACUGAAUGCCAGUUCACUGAGUACAAAUUGUCAUACAUGUGAAUAUAAAUAUAAAUGCUUCGAGCGUUUCACUCUUUCGCGCGCGCUGUUCUAGGUUAAUAUUAUAAAAUAUCUCUCGUUUCCAAGCGUUAAUUACUCGGACAUAUUUUAGAUAUUAUGUUGACAUUUAGACUAUCUACGGAGCAAUUUUUGUCUGUACAAUAUAAUUAAUUUUGCUAUUUCAACGUAUGCAAAUCUAAACAAGCUUUCAUGAUAUAUUUUCGGUGUGGUAUGAUUUUGUAUUACAGAAAGAAGCACAGAUUUAACGCAUCGAGCGAGACAUAUCGAAGUUUGCAUAAUAUGGUUAUAAUAAUGUUAAGUACAUAGUGGAACGUAUACAACUCGCGUAAUAUGACGUUGAAGAAAUUGACUAUAUCCAAAAAGAUGUACUUGUAUCAUAUAUAUAAAAGGAACUUCAAUAUGAUCUGCAGUCGUACGAAGAGCAAAUGUCUUUAUUUUCAAAAUUGUGCCAUAUUUACCAUCAGCAGAAUAAUUUGUGAAUAUUGCAUGUCUUUUAAUAUGUAUUCCGUUCACCUUUUAACUGAUGACGAACAUUGUUCCUUCCCUCUUCGGCUUUGCUUGGACCUGAACAUCCUCAAUGCUUUCACAUGUAAAAACAAUCGAAACAUUCCCGAUAAUCUUCUGGAUGCAAGUGCAAGAGAUGUAUAUAAUAUGCAAUGUUUUGCAACCAGAAGUUUGCAACGUGAUUGAAACAUAUUUUCUUGGCUAUAUGAUAAUUAUGAAUAUACUGAAUACUUUUCUAUACCGUUGACAAUGUUUAAUGGGAUUUUAUAAACCAAUUUAUUACAUGUUCUGCCGCCUUCACACGAUCUUUUUAUACUUCAUCUUAUAAUGUCCAGAAGUUUUAUACAUGUACACAUUUUAGUAGUUUGGAAAAUCAUUUUUUUAUGAACUUCAUCCAAAUACAAAGCUACUAAUUGUAAUAAUAGUGCCAGAGUUAUUGGAAAAAUAGUAUGUUAUUCAAAUUUGUGAGAGGUGCAUUCACGGUAAAAAAGAACUUCAGUGUAUCGUCGGAUGUUGUAUCAUAACUUUGCAACUUCAUUGCAUAUGCAAAUAAUGUGAUUACUGUAUUUAACGCAAAAUUUAGGAAUAAUACAAUAUUAAUUAAAUAAUAUAAUAUUUUAAGUUUAAUAUAAUAUUAAUAAUAUAAUAUUAAACUUAACAGCAAUGCAGAGCCAAGAUUAUCUGUUAAUUAUGACGUCUACAUCGUUAAGUCAAGCGAGUUAUAAUAACGAUAUGAAAAGUACUAUGCUCACAAAUAUCACUCUUUGUUAAUAAAAGCAAUAAAUUCCCAUCUUUUAAACUACGUAAAGACCAUGAGGAGGUUUGUGUACUUUUUUAUAAUCAAGAUUUAAUUAUCUAUCAAAACGUAAAUCUUCUGAGUGAUUCGUGCUAGAAUCUUAAUGUGUAUAAUGUCAACUAGAAUUAUAUGAAAAUUUAUAUACAAAAUUUAUGUAUCACUGUGUCUCAGUGGUAUUAUGGUAAACUCAAGUUUGUAAAGGACAUAGUUUUCAUAUAUCAGAUAUGUAAUUUUUGUAUUUAAAUGUGUUAUCAAUAUAUGUAUUUAAAAAAAAUAUGUAUGUGAUAAUAAUUAUAUUGUUCGUAUCUGAAAAGAUUAUUAUCGAUAACGUACAGAUAGUUGAUUAAUUGUUUCGCAUUAUAUAUGUAUAUAUAACUAUAUAAUUGUUUCCCAUUAUAUAUGUAAUUGUAUAUAUAUAUACAUAUGAUAUAUCAACAAUUACGUCUUAACUUAACUGUUCUCAUAAUGUAUACGUCAUAUAUAUUAUACGUAGCAUAAAUAAUAAUUAAAACAUAUUGUUAUACCGCCUUUCCGUUAUCGAGAAUUUUAGUACGGAAAUACUGCUCGAUAACGAAUAUUCAUAAUUUGUUAUCUUUUUCAAUACAAAUUGUAUUGCACCAAUAUUAUUAGAAUAAAACACAGGUGCAUUAGUAAGCAUUUCAUUAGUAUCUUUCAAAUAGUCGUCAAAUCAAUGUCUAUAACGAAUAUAAAAUUUUUUUGCGCAUAUCAGACUACGAGUUUCGCGCUCUGUAUCUCUAAAACCCUCCGUUAUAAAUAAAACAAUUCUAAAUAUCAA